AUGGAGUGUCUGAUAAAAAUCGCGAGUAGCCUGGAAUUGGAGAGAUGGCGCUGCAAGAUGGACGACAAAAAAAAACGAGACGAACGCUUGCAGGCGAUCCGGGAAGAGUUCAGGGCAGCACUCGGAUUGAUCAUUUCUGUCGUUCGACCUGGUGGCGGCACAAGCAAUGACGGGAACACGGCGCGCAAAUUCUUCAGAAUCCAUGCGGAGACUGCCAGGAUCACUGGUUUAAACCCAGAGCUGGUCUUCAGACUUCACAUUAUCUUGGAAGCGAUCAACUCUCGUCGUCCUUUGAACUCUACCGCUUUCCGCGACUAUUGCUCCAAGACAGCAGAUCUCUUCGUCUCGCAUUACCCCUGGUAUUACAUGCCAGUGACGGUCCACAAAGUAUUGAUCCACGGAGCAGACAUAGUUGAAAAAAGCACACAGCCAGUUGGAAGUCUGAGUGAGGAGGCGCAAGAGGCCUCGAACAAACUUUUCAAGAAUCUUCGAGAGCACUUCUCGUUCAAGGCGCAGCGAGAGACUGUGAAUCGAGAUGUUAUACAAAGGCUCUUCGCUCAUUCCGAUCCUCUCGUCUACAAGUACCGGAGGGAGUUGCCAGUGAAAGAAUUAGAUAUAAUUCCGGAGGUUGAGAUGCUUCUGAUCUCGGACCCCGAGUAA